UUGGCAGAGAGCGACAAAGGCUCAUUUUAUCAGCAAGAGAAGUGGCUCGAGGAGUUGGAUAUUCAGAAAAGCGAAAAUGUUGCAGUUGCUGAGAGUGCAAGCCGCUCCAAAAUCCAGCUUGAAGAGCCAGAUGAAGAAAGCCAAUUAAGCUCAUCGACCCCAUCUGCUGAUGGAACGUGGAAAACAAUAAGCGGUCGAGCUAUCGAUCGUUUAAAAGCUGCUUGAGAAACUGGGACGAGUCUGUAGCUUGUCGAUUUUGCCAGGGAAGAGUCCAAGUCAUGGAAAAUGUAGCGACUAAGCAUGGACUUGGUUCUACCUGGAGAAUCCAGUGCGAGAAUGAAAGCCGUCCGUCACACAAGACAAAUUCUGUUUUUAGUUCUUCCGAGAAGAGCAGAGCGUUUGAAAUAAACCGGGCCUCAGUUCUUGGCCUUCGAGCAAUCGGUGGUGGACAUUCGGCGGCUUCAAAGUUUUUUGGCCUGGCGCCGAUCGACAAAAACGCCUGGGCGGAUCAUAUGAAAAAGAUCGAAGAAGAGGCAAAACUUUUGCUCGAGAAAGAAUUAAACCGUGCUUCUCGUGGUGUAAAAGAGUGGAAGUUUUCCAACGGAGAAUUAAACUGU